AUGGUGAACGAGCAGGAUCGAGAUGAGUCCUUCUGGGCACCUGGAACGGUCGCUCUAGAAGAUAUCAGUCGCUCCAGUGAUCAACUAGUUCUGUUCCCGACCCCUUCGGACGAUCCCAAUGAUCCUCUUAACUGGUCGACAGCUCGCAAAGCCUUGAACUUCACACUAGUCAGCUUCUUCGUGCUAUGGACUUUCGUACAACUUGAUAUUGGUUUCACCGCGUGGGGGCCAAUGCAGACGGAAUUGGGCUUCUCUAUUGGCGUUUUGAACGCCGGUGCAGCUGUCAACUAUGGCGGUCUUGCCAUUGGAUGUGUGUUCUUCAUCCCUUUGGUCCAUAAAUAUGGCCGCCGUCCGAUCUAUAUUUUUAGCGUCGCCCUUCAACUUGCAUCCUGCGUGUGGCAAGGAGAGAUGACCACAGUAGGCGGAUUUAUUGGUUCCAACCUCAUCUCCGGGUUGGGAGGUGCGAUUAGCGAGAUCGUGGUACAGAUCACCGUUGCAGAUCUCUUUUUCGUCCACCAACAUGCCACCAUGAACGGGUUGUUCGUUAUCUUUCAGUCCGCAGGAGCCUUCCUUGGCCCUGUUGCUUCUGGAUAUAUCGUUGAUUCCCAGGGAUGGCGAUGGAUGUGGUGGUGGUGUGUGAUCUUUUUCGGAGUGACGCUGUUCUGCGUUGUUUUCCUCUUUGAGGAGUCGAAAUUUGUCCCCGUUAUCCACGGUCAAUCUGUUAUCCAGGAGCCCCAGACGAGUCAGGCGGAUUUGGACAAGUGUCAAAAGGAUACCAAGCAGGCCAACGACGAUGCUGUCGAGUCUAAUCCGGGCUUACUCACUCGCCCACCGACAAUCAAUCGCAACAUCAGCAUGAAGUCAUACAAGGAGCGUAUGGCCUGGAUUACAGUUACACCCGAGUCGAUGUGGCCCCAUCUAUAUCAGCCGAUCGUGACAUUGUUUACUUUCCCAGCAGUGGCAUACGCUGCCAUCACAUAUGGCUCCACAUUAGCCUGGUUUGCGAUUAUGACUUCGCUCCAGGCCUCGUAUAUGAUCUUGCCUCCCUGGAACUUUGAUGCGAUUGGCAUCGGUCUGAUGAACCUGGCACCCUUCGUUGGCGCUAUGCUGGGUUUCCCAGUAGGUGGCUGGCUGAGCGAUAAGCACAUUCUCUGGCUAUCUAAGAGAAAUGGUGGUAUCUACGAACCGGAGAUGCGGCUCUGGCUUGCAUUGCCUGUUGCUAUCCUCAUUCCUGGAUCUAUAUUAAUGUUUGGCCUGGGUCUUGCCUAUGGAGUACAAUGGUCUCUACUGGCAGUUGGAUUUGGAGUCUUCGGCUUUGCAUUUUCUGCUAUUAGCGGUAUUGCGCUGUCCUACCUUAUGGAUUGCUAUCAGGAUAUCAUCGGUAAUGCUCUUGUGGGAGUGAUCUUCAUGCGCAACAUCAUUUCCGUUAUCGUACUAUUCGUCUUGACCCCAUGGGUCAACGGUAUGGGCAUGCAAAAUCUCCACAUUCUUUGCGCCUUUGUGGCUUUUGCCAUUUAUCUCAUCCCCGUUCCUCUUCUGAUCUGGGGCAAGCAAGCACGACUAUGGACCGCGGCAUCUUACAGAAAGAUGGCAGAGAAGCAAGUUACCCACCGUGCGUUAUAG